AUGUCGGGUAUACUACACAAAGCCGAAAACGCCAUUCUCGGCCAUCAGCAAGAAAGAGUCGAAAACCAACUUGAAGACUCAGGUAAAUCUUGCAUUCAUCAACCUCAUGGAUCAAAGCUAGCCAAUAAGAUUGAUCCUCGAAUACACGAUCACAACAAUGGCCAUCAAGACUUUGAUUUCGAUUCAGAACCAUCAGGCUCAAUGAGAACUAGUAUUCGUGAUCGUACGAAGACUGGUGACAAUAGUCAGAAGCCUUAUACCGAGGAUAACAUGGUGGACGAGAGUAAGGGGCCAUAUAAUACGAAUGUCGCCGACGAAUUUGAGCAGCGCGUUAUUUCCGAAGACCAAGGCCGUCCGUUAGAAGAUGUCAAAAUAGCCAGACCUACCAAGCAGGACAGAUUGGUUGGAGCAUGA